AGUACCCCGAGGCCACGGCCGCAACACCAAGUUCUCCAGCAGGCUGUCGUGGAGCAUGGGGUGCUGAUGGCCAUGGAGGGCUACCGGGGCUUCCUGGGGCUGCUGGUGUCCGCGCUGCUCGUGGGCUUCCUGUCGGUGAUCUUCGUGCUCAUCUGGGUCCUGCACUUCCGAGAGGGGCUUGGCUGGAACGGCAGCGGGCUCGAGUUUAACUGGCACCCGGUGCUCGCGGUGACCGGCUUCGUCUUCAUCCAGGGCAUCGCCAUCAUCGUGUACAGACUGCCAUGGACCUGGAAGUGCAGCAAGCUCUUGAUGAAAUCCAUCCAUGCCGGGUUAAACGCUGUGGCUGCCAUCCUCGCCAUCAUCUCCGUGGUGGCUGUGUUUGAGUACCACAAUGUCCAAAAAGUCCCCCACAUGUACAGCCUGCACAGCUGGGUUGGACUGACAGCUCUCAUACUCUACAUCCAACAGCUUGUUGUAGGCUUUUUCGUCUUUCUGCUUCCAUGGGCUCCGCCCUCUCUCCGGGCAAUCGUCAUGCCCAUACACGUGUAUUCUGGACUCCUCCUCUUCGGAACAGUGAUUGCGACGGUUCUCAUGGGAGUGACAGAAAAGCUGUUCUUUGUCCUGAAACACCCCUCGUACCAUUCAUUCCCACCAGAAGGUGUUUUUACAAAUACGCUGGGCCUUCUGAUUCUGGUGUUUGGAGCCCUCAUCUUUUGGAUUGUCACCAGGCCCCAAUGGAAACGCCCUAGAGAACCAGGCUCUGUCCCUCUCCAGCUAAAUGGAGGCAAUGCAGAAUGCAGAAUGGAAGGCGCCAUAGCAAUAAGCUCCGCCCACAGUAUGGACGCAGCUGACCCAGCUGACGCAGAGUCAAGCAGUGAGGGAGCAGCCCGGAAGAGAACCCUCGGCCUUGCUGACUCUGGCCAGAGGUCCACCAUGUGAAAUGUCGAUACAGCCAUGUGCAUUCUCUUCCAAAGUCAGCCCUACAGUUGAGCUUCUCCUACCUAGCCAUAGGUGGCUUGGGUUCAUAGGCCAAUGUAUAAUGCGGUCACCAAGGAGGAUUUCCUGAGAGUAAUUGUGUUGACUGAGGCCUGUGAACUUACCAAAUGUAAACGGACAUGAUCAACAUAAAUAGUGAUUGUUUCUUCUUUCCUCUUGAGGACCCUGGCCAUUGAUGUAGCUGCCGGUGGCUUGUCUGAUGAACUGGUAGCACCCUUGGCCUCUUGCUAUGCCCAAUUAAUUCUGGAAGGCCAGUGAUUUCAGAACUAGGUAGAACCUCUCUCUCUCUCUCUCUCUCUCUCUCUCUCUCUCUCUCUCUCUCUCUCUCUCUCUCUCUUUUGGUGUUUUGAGACAGGGUUUCUCUGUAUAGCCCUGGCUGUCCUGGAACUCACUUUGUAGACCAGGCUGGCCUCGAACUCAGAAAUCCGCCUGCCUCUGCCUCCCGAGUGCUGGGAUUAAAGGCGUGCACCACCACGCCCGGCGGUAGAACUUCUCUUAACUUUUAAAAUAUGAUCACAAAUACUUGGAGCAGGAUUUGGACCAUUGUGCCACGUUGAUGUUGUGAGAAAAACAUGGUGGAGGCGGGGUGGGUGCUUUAGCCAAGUAUCUAGUUCCCUCUCCCGCUAAUUUGGGCUCACAAAGGCCCUGGCUACGAGAGUAAAUAUGAGGCUGUUUUGGAGCAGUUGCUUAGUCGCAGGCAGCUGAAGAGAUCUCUGGUUAGACCUGGGAGAUGCGGUAACACUCAGUCCAGGGUCUGUUACUCCUCGGAGCUGAUGUACUUCAUGGCUCAUCUUCUGAACCUCUUGCAAUGCAAACAUGCCCCAGAUCAAGCCCCGUAAACCGGUCUCGCAUCCACACACUGAGAAAGGUGCCCUCGGGUUUCUGUUUUUAUUUUCCAAAGUGCUUCCCUGGCUCUUACUCUGUGCUUUACGAAUAUUAGCUCCUUCAGUCUCCAGGCUGACUCUGUGAGACAGGUAUUGUUAACUCUCCCCAUUUUUGGAAAGGUUGGUAACUUGGCUCAGCAUCACACAACUCUUUAAUUGAUGGAACUGACAUUCAAACCCUGGCAGUCUGGCUCCUCUGCCCAAGAUCCUAUAUUUCACCACACUCCUUCCCUAUUUAUUCUAACUGGCAGCACUAUGGUCCACCUAUGAAUGAAGUUGCAGAUGAAAGCUAAUAGAAUUGUUACUGGAUGCUACCUUACCUUUGGUCCUCUUCCAAGGGACCUUAGAUGAUGGGAAAGGCGCCACAAAGAUUUGGACGGAGAUCUUGGGGUCUCAGCCACUGCCAACAAGCCAGAGCCUGCCUCGAUGCCCUUCUAAUCUUUAACAGGGCAUCUGUCUUGCUGACAAGAAGACCUGGACAAGGAUACUCACAGCCUUCAAGAUGAAAUCACUACCGUAUUGGUUCCUCAGGAUCUUAGCUGCUGAACACAUUUUUGUUUGGAGACACAUAUAUCCUGGGCUGUCUUUUCCUAGGACCAUAGGCAGGUUCCUGCCUUAUUUCAGUGGAGUUUGAAGUUCUAUGCAGAGAGCUGAGGUUUAGAAGUGAUAAUCUUUCACAUGGCCAGACUUCUCCCUCUGCUCCGAUGGAAACUUGCAGUAAUAACUGUGCUGAAAUGAUGCCUGUAGCGGGUAGUUUGGGCUACUCCGCUUUGAGCUCCUAGCAAGUCGCAGGCUCGUACCUGCCCAGGAGCUCUCUCGGAUCCUCAGAUGAAAGGCACACACACAAUUAGCUCAUUUUUAAAUUGCCUUAUUGGCUCUGUGGCUGAGCACGUCUAAGCUUCCAUGGCUAGCGUGCCCUUACCUUUACUCCUGGCUCAACAUCUCUAAAGCCACCCUUAACGUAGUUCCCCAGUUGCCUUCUGUGAAGCCCAUUGGUCUUGCUGCCCAAGACGCUUCCAAGCUGCCCUUCCGUGGGCUGCUUUCCCUUUCUGCCCAAAUUUUGGAAGAUCUCCUCUGCAGCUCUGAGUCUGUUCCAUCUUUCUCCCCCAAGUACCUUGAUUCUCCCUUUUCUGCCUUCUCUUCUCUCAAGCCUGCAAGAAUCUGGAAGUCCCGCCUCUUUCUUUCUGCCCAGCCAUUGGCCACUGGCAUCUUUAUUGAUAGAUCAAAAACCAAUUGGAGGCAAAGACCUCCAGCUUCAGAAAACACAGAUUCCUGAUUAAAUCUAAGCAUCAGAACCACUCCUCUGCAGAUGCCUUCUGCAGACUGGUUGGUUUUUGGUUUCGGCGCAGUUUCUGAUUAAGACAUUUGGGCACCAGCUGCUUGAGAGGUAGCUAUCUGAGGCAGAGUUCAAGGCCAGCCUGGGCAACAUAGUGAAACUCUCUUUUGGGAUUUUGGUUUCUCUAGUAACCCAAGUUGUCCUCACUCUUUGUGUAAUUAAGGGUGACCUUGGACAUGUGGUUCUCCUUGUCCUCACUUCCCAAAUGCUGCGUUACAGGCAUGUGCCACCAGCCACCAUGUCUUGGCACAGCUCUGUCUUUUAAAUAAAAAAUAAAGCCAAACCAAACACAUGAAUUUUACAGCAAAAUACACUUAAUAUGUUUGGUGUGUAGUGAACUUCCUUUUAGGUAACAUGAUUAUUUCCAAAAGCCAAAUACAACCUUCAAUCUAUCAGAUCUCCCAAAGUCCAUAACAGCUCAGAAUCACUUCAAUGCAUCAUUUCUUGCUUUCCAUUAAUUAAUUCUGUUUCCAAAACCAGUAACAGCAUCAGAAGCACUAUGAGUGAGGGGCCCAAGAUCAUUCUUCAGCUAGAGAGUUCAAGACCAGCCUGGGAUACAUGAUACCCUAUCUAUCUCCGAAGUCCGAUAAAUAAAUAAAGUUCAUAUGCGUGCUAAGUAAGAGUAAUUACGUGGUUACACCAAACAGUUUGGUAAAUGCUGACUGACUAUAAAGAGCUGGGUCAAAUCCCAGGGUUUUGGGGGAGUCAUGGGGGUGAGGAGAGGAUGGGGGGCAGAGUGGGGGGAGAAUGAGAGGCUAGUAACUGAGCCCCAAGAGUCAUGGCUGCCUCUCCUUUCCACGUUGGCCUACAGAGGCUAUCAGUACAAACCUAAUUAUGUGGCACUAGAAUAGCUCCAUUGCUAAGUAUUUGAGCACUCCUCUCAGCCCUUCCUUUUCUCCCAAGUGGGCUAAUGGGAGGGUAAUAUUAUAGGUGUUCCUUUUCUUUCUUUUCCAGCUUUUAUGAAAGGAUGCAUAGCACAAUAUAUCGAAAAGAUCUUUCUAUUUGAGACUCUUCUUUUAAUGGGCUCUUUAUUCUAAUGAUAAUUAUACCUUUAUCUUUCAAAAGCUGAUGUUUCCUUCCUAAAGCACCCCCCCUUCCCAAAUAUCACAUUAAAAAGUCUGCAAAGAAUAGGGGAGAAGAAAGGCUUGGGUAUCAAUUCCAAACAGUGAUUGAAACCUCCCAAAAUAAUUAUAGCUUAUAUCUUUAGCAGAGAUUAUCUGGUGUGGCUUACCCCAUAAUCUAAUUUCAGGAAAGAAAGCUUUAUUUCAACAAUGAUCUACGUCAACAUGAAAGCCUUCUCUUUCCCGGGUCUUAGCAAGAAAUUGAAAUGAAUAUACUUUAUGGAAUUAAUGUCGUCAAAAAGGUACAGCUUCCCUGUGCUGUGUCAAACAGAGCCCACCCUCCAUGGCACUUUCCUCUCGUAAGGAGUGUGGUUUUUGUUUAAUCUGUGCACUUAGAAACAGCAACUGGGACCUCUCCAUGAAAUGAUAGAUUAAGGCAGGCAUACUUUUUAAGGACUGGUGACAAGUAGUUUCUUAAGGAUGGUGACAAGUAGUUUCUGUUUUCUGAAGGACGGCGAUGUAGAUUGCACGUCUCAUUUUAAUCAGGCUUUCUUCCCUGCCGGGCUGGAAGACCCAGAGCUCACCCACUGACCGUGACUGCACAUGGAAAACGGAAAGGAGGAAGCCACAACUUACAUGGACUUCAGUUGUGAUGUGACGAGAUGUUUAGCUAUAAAUGUGCACUUUUUAGAUAACUCCAACAGGAAACUGUAACUUCUAUGUCUAAUAGGGAUGCAGAAAAGAAAAAUGAUUGUUCUUUAUUUGGGAGCUACUUAAACAGAUUAAGUGGGAAAUAAAUCUAUCUAUAAAUUUGUCUCUUUAUCUCAGUACAUUGAUGAAAAGUAUUAUCUUGACUAUUUUAUAGUUUUAUAGGGAAGAUGUGCAUCUAUUUUUCUUGACUUUUAAUAUAGCAAUAAAAAACUACUUCUAA